GGCUUAUAUAAUGUUUUUGAUCACGGAGAAUUAAAUUUAAUUGCGACAACCGUAGAAAACUCUGUUCCUAAACAACUUACUCAAGCUGAUAAUUCGUGGUCGAAAAAUCCUAUUAAGUUUUCAAAUUUCAGUACUGUCAGAGACAUUCUUGAAAACAAUUCUCAGGGUGCAGCUCUUAUUAAUGACAUCGAAUCUAAUAACUUCGGAGAAUUAAAAAGAAGAAGAUUUGUUCGAAUACUUGUCGCAGAGUUAGUUCAGUUUCACGACAACAAUCAGAACAUUAUUUUGACAAAGAAACCAGAGUUGGCUUUAUUGAAUAUCGACUUGCCAAUUGGCGUAAGAUCCUCCCUAUUUCUGAAAAAAAAUAUCAAUCACAGAGCAAAAUUAGUACACCAAUCUCAUCAGGAAAGUCAAUGUCAGACACUUCAACAAGUUUCUUAUUAUCAGAAGAAGAACUAAAAGAGAAGAAAUCUUGGAUGCAAUUAACAAUGGCAACUAAAGAAAAAGGUACUCGAGUGGAAUCCUAUUUGUGCGAAACGUUCGAAAAUAGGAGGAAGUGGAUUGAAGAAGCUGGCCCAUCUAUAUUAGAAAUCGUAGAGGAAUAUCCAAUGCUCUUUAAGUAUGAUGGAGCUAUGAUCGAACUGGAAUACGAGGCAAUCAUGGGAAAAAAGAAGGUCGAAAAGGAAAAUUUUUUAGGGCUAUUUUCUUCUUUUUAUGCGCAAAGAAUUAUUGCCUACGCAAAGAAAAAUCAUUCCAUCGUUUAUGAAGCUUCUUGUGUUAUUAAAGACGAAAAUCUAAGAGCCUUAAUACUCUUGCCGGAAAUUCUUCCUAAUUCGAAUUUUAAAACAGGAGCCAAAGAAGAUGGCCGUAAAAAGAAUGGAAAAAGAAUUAAAUUGAUGGAGACGAAUAAUAUUAAACAAAUGCCAAAUGCGGAUUUACUUUGCAUAUUAAAGAUUUUCCAGAACGUGGGAAAGAAACUAAGAAAGUCAUCGAAUCUCCAAAAAUAUUGAAAAGCAUCAAUGUGUUUUCUAACGUAGCAGAUAUGUGGGAAUAUGUCAUGAAAGGUGAACCGAGUGCUUACCGAAUGACUCAUUGUAAGUGUGGAUUUUUCAAAAUAGAAGAAGUGUCUUACUUUUAUUUGAAUCCUAAAAUAAUUGACAAAAAUGGGUUUCAAGGAUUACAGGAGGCCAUCAUUUAUAAAUGGGGCAAUUCAGAUAUUCAAAAUUGUCAAUGUGGACAAAAGCCUUUCGAGUCCUUAAAAAUGAAUGCACAUAUUCUUAUAGAUGAAGAUGUAAGAAAAAUUGAUGGCACUAUAGCCCCUCAAAAAUGCAAAGCAUCAGAGCUUCCUCGUUACAUCACACUUUAUGGAGACAAGUUCAUGUUGACUGGCAUCGUUAUUUACAUCAGUGAAAGAGAACACUACAUAGCUCUUUGUACGAGAAAAUUUAAGAAGUGGGAAAUUUAUGAUGACUUCAGUAAAAACGUCACUUAUGCAAAAAAUGAAGAGAUUCAACCAGGUGCUAUUAUUAAUAUAAAAAUAAAUGAAUAAUACAUGUUCCUCUCAGUUCCUAAAAAAUCAGAUAUAAUGAGCACAAUGUGGCAGUAUCUACAAUGCAGAGAGUAAUUUUGAAUGUUAUUGAAAGCGAAAAAUAUUGUAAGGUAUAAGAUGUAAAUAAUACUUUAGAUGUCAUAUUUACCCGGCAUCAGUUACAUAUAGAAGUACAGUACAUGUAAAUAUUAAAGCUAAAUUCGUAGAAUAAUUAUUUCCAAGUAUUUAAAAAUUAAGAGUU